ACUCAUCAGUGUGAACAAGGCAUUCAUUGGUGAAUGUUCACCAGGUAUUGAGCUCAUGAUAUUAGAGACGUGAAUUCGAGUACUAAGUUCGGAAUAAACGAAUAUUAAAAUUACUUCAGUCGCACGAUCAAGAGUCAUAGGUUAAGAAACAUGGCGAUUGUGAUGGGAAGGCGUGCGCUUACAAGUGUUGGUGGGGGUAUUGGAUCGUCGAUAUUUCGUCCUGACAAACGGUACGUGGCAGCUGUUGCUCCGAAGAAAAUAAAAAUGACUAAACUUACGCCCGAAGAUAGAACCAGAGUUUUGAAUCCUCUACUGACAAGUGGGUGGACCGUUCAAACCGACAGAGAUGCGAUUUACAAAGAAUUUGUGUUCGGAAAUUUUAAUCAGGCUUUCGGUUUCAUGACUAGGGUAGCUAUGCAGGCAGAAAAAAUGGACCAUCAUCCCGAAUGGUUCAACGUUUACAAUAAAGUCAACGUGACUUUGUCUUCUCAUGAUGUAAAUGGGCUUUCGAAACGCGAUGUAAAGCUGGCGACGUUUAUCGACGAGGUCGCUAAGACCUUCAAAGAAUAAUGCAAUGAAAAUACUUCGAAAUAAACUGCAACAUCCUUAAUAUCUCCUCAAUGCGUAUCCGCUCGACUGUGAAAUCCCCGAUAUGAAAGUGGCAGUUAUUUAUUACGAGCUUGUCAAAAAGACAAUAAAAAGCUUUUAAAGUCAUGAA